AUGAUUCUGCUCACAUCAUUAGCUCUGGGUAUUCUCAUAUUGUGUUUUCACACCCUAACUGCGAGUCACGAGCCCAAUGAACCCCCCCUCAUUCGUCCUGGUAUUCCAAUUGUCGGACACCUUAUUGGCAUGAUCCGACAUGGCUCAGGUUACUACAGCAAAAUCAACAAGAAGUACAAUUUACCGAUAUACACGCUCCCUAUGCCUCGAGGGAAGGUUUAUAUAGUUAAUUCACCCCGUCUGAUUGCAGCUAUAGACCGCCGCGCCAAAACUAUAUCAUUUGCCCCCUAUGUUGUGCAGUUUGCCAAAAGAAUCUUAGCCCCCAGCCAGCAGGCUAUUUCCGCUCUCGAAGAAGACCUGCUUGAGAAACAAGGCCCGGUGGGACUACGCCCAGAAACCUUGAAAGUCAUGCACGACUCUCUUGCGCCCGGUGGACCACUCGAGGAUACAACUCAAGUGAUGCUCGAGGGAGUAAUGGGUGUACUCAACUCAAUGAGGAGCAGCGGCAAGUGCGGCGAGAUUGAGUUGUUCGACUGGACCCGUAGAUUGGUCACUAAAGCCAGUACCGAUGCUAUCUAUGGGGCAAAAUUCAAUCCCUUUAAGGAUGAGGGGGUAUAUAAUGGGCUUUGGACAAUUGACAAAGAUUUUGUCCUAUUAGGACUCAAUGUCCUCUCCAAUUUUAUGACACCCAGGGGCAGUCAAGCGAGGACUAGUUUCUUUAAUGCCAUGCGUGCUUAUUACGACAAAGGUGGCCACGAGUACGGUUCGAGACUUGUUAGGGACCGCUAUGAAGUCAGCCUUAAACACCGCCUGUCUCGAACUGACAUAGAGCAUUUCAACCUGAGCGUUAGUUAUGGACUUCUGGUCAACACUGUGCCAGCUACAGCUUGGACUCUAUUUCACGUCUAUUCCAACCCUCUACUGUUGAGAGAGAUAAGGCAUGAUAUAGAAUCUCGUCUGGGUCGAUUGAGGACUCACGCUAUUGAAGUCAACAUUCCGACUCUCAUUGAAGAUUGUCCACUGUUGAUGUCCCUUGUUCAGGAGGUCCUUCGCAUCCACAGCACCAAUGCCUCUGGCCGUGUAGUGCUAGAUGACACCCUGAUUGAUGACGAAUAUCUCCUCAAAAAGGACGCUAUUCUUCUUAUUCCCUCCGCAGAUCUUCACAGCAACCAGUCCAUAUGGGGCUCUAACGCGACUGCAUUGGAUCCAAGACGCUUCAUGAAUCAAAGAGAGCCCACAGGGAAGCAGAAGGUCCCGGCUUGUGCAUACCGUGCGUUUGGAAGUGGUGCAAGCGUCUGCCCGGGUCGCCACUUCGCCAUGAACGAGAUUUUGUCCAUUUUAGUCGUAAUGGUGUUGAAAUAUGAUAUGAGCCCCGUGCAAGGUGAAUGGACUAUGCCGAAGACAAAAAGUCAUAUCACGACAAGCAUCCUAACUCCAGCUGAAGACUUGAAGGUUGAAAUGAGGGAAAGAGAAUGUAUGAAAGAUUUGGAGUUGAAGCUGGUCUGGAGAGCUGAGAAAAGCAGCAGACGAUGA